AUGUUUUUCCUUGACAGAGGACUCCUCGCUAUGGGAAAUCUUUCAUUCUUGAUGGGUGUGAUUGCAUUGAUAGGACUAAAGAACACAUUCAUGUUCUUUGGCAAGAAGUCAAAGAUCUAAGGCAGUGUUUUCUACUUCCUUGGCUUCGUCAUGAUUGUGAUUGGCUGGUACACUUUCACAUUCCUUGGUUUUAUCGCAUAAAUGUAUGGUCUCUUCCUGCUAUUCAGACAAUUCAUCUCUACAAUAUUCGGAUACAGCUAAACUCUACCAGUUAUUGGACCCAUUCUAAGGACAUCACCCUUCAUUCAAAGACUCGUAGAAAGAAUGACAGAGAGCGAUUCUGGCAAGAAAAAAGCCAAAUAUGACGUGUGA